AUGCUCCUACCAAGUGGCUACUGGGCCACUGUUUCCCAGACUUCUCCAGACACCCUCCUGAGAAGAGAACCCCAAGAUCCAAAAGCGCCACCUGGUCAGCAGGAAAACAAGAACGGUCCGCCUGGACCGCAAGGAAAUCAAAAUGGACCACCGCCCGGCCCUGGUGCUGCCGGAGAACCUCAGAAUCUAAAUGUUCCUGGUCUGCAGGCAAACAACAACGGUCCUCCUGGACCGGAGGGGAAUCAGUUUGUACCACCGAGCCCUCGUCCUCCGGGGGUCACUGAAGAGCCAGGAACUAGCAUCAGUCAGGCUCCUCCAAUAGAGGCAACUACUCAAGGACUCACGACUUCCCAAGGUUCCCUUUCCGUAUUCUCAAGCUCGGCUGCUCCUGGUACCACCACGACUACGGACGACACCUCUUUUCUCACCACUUCGACUCCGUCGUCAGAUCUAGGGUCAACAUCACUAUCGACCUCUGUAGCCUCGACCAGGCUUACCUACAGUCUCUCUUCCAGUUCAGCGUUCGACUUGACUACAUAUUUCCUCAGUCUUAGCGGUUAUGUUUCACAGACUUCCCUUGCUUCCGACACUUUGUCUCUGGCCGGCUCAGGAUCGCAAUCCACAAUUUCAACCCAGUCUAUCUCUGUGACAUCAAUUCCAGGAAAGAUCACAUCUCAGUCAAGCAUAUACCAUACAACUAGCGCCACUGCUAUCCAGACCCCAUGGGGUUAUCAAAAUGGCACCCUCGCAUCUAAAUCUGCUGGGACUCUAUCGCAAGGUCAAAGGGCAGCAAUCGCGGUUGGAACUCUCGUUGGUGUCGCCUUGAUCCUGGCGCUGCUGUAUUGGCUCUUUAGACAGCGCCAGCGACGCGAACCUCCAGAUCCAAAUUCGUCUCGCGACCAACCGCUUAACGUGCUGCCCGACCCUCCCACGACAGAAGCUCGCAUGAGCGAUGUUCCAGAGUGGAACCACGAAGACACCUUCGCGCGACCAUUCACGAUCGCCAGAGCACGGCAGUCUCUGCCUCGAUCUCUGAGAUUCCUUCGAACCAACCCCCUGAGCAUGAACCCCGUGACCCCUCCAGCGUCCAGGCCGAGGACUCCAAGCCCGCCGAAAUCGUUCGCGGCGUCAUUGUUCCGUCGACGCUCCGCUGCCUCAACCCUACACAGUAUCUCCACACGGACAGCCGAGGAUCAAACCGUGGUCAUGAGAGGUCCACACGCCCUACGACCCCUGGUCAUACCUGCAGUGAGGCUCCUACCGGCAGUCGCGCUGUCUGCUCAGCUCACGGAAGGCUCUGACAGCGCCCCGGACAGUCCUGACUCCUUGGCGGUUCCGUCACGGACCCUCUCGCGCUCAACGAGCCAGCAGCGGAGUCAGAGCCACCCGGGCACAUCAUCUGCGGACCGAGAUCCUCGAUCUGCCAGGGCGAUAUUAGACCGGACGAAAACUCGCCUCUUUCCGUCCAAGGCGUUGUCCAGACGACACGCCACCGGGACAAGUGACUCAAAAAGACCGCGGGGUCCUGUGAAGGAUCUUCCGCCCUCGGUGCCGCUCUUGCCAGUGUUUGCUCAACGACUUUUAGCUGCAUCGCCCACGGCACAGAAGAGGGAGAUGACCCUUAAGGCCCCCAAUUGGUCGCCACAGAUCCCUCGACACACCCGCAACGCGAACACCGACGCGAACUCAGGAGACGAGGACAAACCUCCUCCGCCUCCUCCCAAGAGUCCAAGAAUGCUCUCAGCCGCCGUGGGUCCCAACGCAAAUGCCUGA